AUGUCCUGUUGCAUAUCAAUCCUCCCCGAGCACAUUCUUCAAUCAAUCUUCUUUAAACUCCCAAUAGCAACUCUCGUAAGAUGCAGGUAUGUCUGCAAGUCAUGGCGGCAUAUUCUUGCAGACCCUAAUUUUGCCAAACUUCAUGGACGGUUUGCUAAUUUACUACUAUUUGUAGAUCGCAAAGGUUUAAGCUCCAGGUUGUCACGCUGUAGAAACCUCUACUUUCUCGAACCAGAAGGAGGAUCGAUUGACUAUGGUAAGAGCCUGGCUACUGUGUUUUCAUGGAGCUCCGAGCUUUCAUCGGUAUUUUCGGUAGAGAAUUCAUGCAAGGGCUUGCUUUGUCUACGCCGCAAUAAUAUAGAUGGAUUAACUGAUGGUAUCUGGAUAUUAAAUCCUCUAACAGGUGAGUACAUCAUUCUUCCACCUCAUGAAGAUGAUCAAAUCAGACAAUAUUUCUAUCGGUGUGGGCUAGGGUUUUGUCCUAACACGAAUCUAUAUAAGGUUAUCAAAAUGUUUCACACUCGACAUGAUAAAACCAUGAACGCUGAGGUAUACACUCUUGGUACUGAUGAGUGGAGAAAGAUUGGAGUUGUGCCACAAUAUAAUGCUCCUCGUCGAGAUAAUUUGAGAAGUUUUACUAAUGCUCCUUGUCGAUAUAAUUGGAGUUUAACUAAUGCAUCGGUUAAUGGUUCUAUUCAUUGGCUUAUCAUGGACAUGAAUGGACCAAGGAUUCGGCCGAUUCAAAUGUGUGCUUUUGAUUUUGAAAUCGAGAAAUUUAGAUCAUUCGGAUUGCCACCGAUUUUUCAAGGUGAUGAUUAUUGUUGGACAGAGAUUGGGGUAGUCAGAGAAUCCCUUUGUAUUUCCUGUCGUAAUCGUUUUCGAUUACAAGUUACAGAGAUAUGGCUAAUGAAGGAGUAUGGUGUUGAGGGAUCUUGGACCAAAAUGCUUGUCUUGGAUUUCAGAAUCGACUAUUUUGAUUCAUUGGAUUUUCGAGUGGUAGAGUUGUUAGAGAAUGGGAAUGUUCUAUUGAAACGUGGAUAUAUGACACUAUUUCUGUACAAUCCUGAAACGAAAGUUCUCGUCAAGAUGAACAAUGGUAGGACACAAAUUCCUAUCCCUGCAGCCGUCGUUAGUAAGCCUAGUUUUGCUUGUCUUGAAGAUGUGGUGGGAGAUAGCUCGAGGGUUUUGAAGGGUUUUGUAUGGGAUCAUUGA